AUGUCUAAACUUCAGCAGCUCAAUGUGUUUCUCAACGAAAAAUUAACAGCAGUUCCUUUGGAGAUAUCUGUGGUAGUUCAAAAAACGAUCGCAGAGUACCAGGAAGAAAUAUCUCGUUUGGAACGGGCGAAUUCACGUCUACGAAGACUGCUGGAUUUGGUUUUCAAACCAGAGAUAAAGUUGCAUAGAUUAGCAGGUUUGUGACUACGUCUCUCUAUUUGACAUUCAUUUUACAUUGUAGCCUAAUUUUAGUCAUUUAAUAUGAGGGGCUUUGAGUAGUACAUCAUUUAGUCACAUAGUUAUCUAGCUACUGACUAAAUUAAAAGGUUCCUUGCAAUCCGGCAUCUUUAGGACGUCCAACUGACGUCACCCUAUUGAAGUUGACGUUUAAAAUGGUUAAAGGCCCAGUGCAUUCAAAAACGUGAUUUUCCUGUGUUUUCAGGGGUGAAAGUAGAUUUAAUUUAUUCCCGGUACGGGAACUCCUGAGUGUUUUUCUCAGCUAAUAGUCGGCAGAACAUAUUAUCAGACCAAUUCAUAGGCCUAUGCUACAAAUUAAACACAUCUGCUUAGUAGGCUAUAUAAUCAGUUCAAUGUCAAUAACAUAUCCUAAUAUUUUCAAUCUGAUUACACUGAUACAAUCACCAAUGUCUCUUAAAUUCGUUUUUUUAUAUUUAUUUUUGCGUUGAUUGGGGAAAAACAGCUUGCAAUCAAGUGAAAAUGUCGCUCUGAAAAAGUCUCAAAAGAAAGGUGGAUAAUGAAAGUAGAAGUUUCAGGGAAGAAUGGACAGUGAAAUAGGCAUUUUUAACAUAUUUCUCCACUGUCAAACCAGUGUAUAGUUUGCAACGAAACGGUUGCUGUUUGCAAAUAAUUUAAUAUUAGACAUCCUUAUGAAUCUAAGCAUGGCACUUUCAAAAGUUACCUUUUCUGCCCAGACAGAGGUAUUUAAGGAGUGCAUGGUGACAGUAUUGGAGGAUUUGGCUGUAGCAAAAUUGUGUCUGUCAAACAGGUAGGCCUACCUCUUAUUUUUUUAAUAGGAAGAAAUAGGCUCCAACAAAGCCCUCUUGUUGUUAGUGAAGUCAAAUUAAAAUGAAGACAAUUGUUGAAAUGAAUUAGUUUCAGCACCAUUUGUUGUCCACCUGUUUUUCAUUAUGCCGCUUGCCUUUUUAGUUGACUUUCUCCUGCACUCUCUCCACGUUAAUAAGUGAAUGAUUUAAAAUGUGUCUGUCUCAUGCCAUUGUAAUACAUUUGGUCUCAAGGCUUUGGGCUACAUAAAAACCACAUAGGCUACUACUGUUUCUACCGUAAGCAACAGCAUUUAUGUUAAAUGAGUUUGAUGGAGCGUUGGAGCGUUGGAGUGCCGCAGCGCUGCGUCUCUCCAACAGCACCCUGGUGCGGCGUGCUGGGCAUGGACAACAGCACCCUGGUGCGGCGUGCUGGGCAUGGACAAGCUAAAUAUUUCCCUUUGGCAAAGUGGGCACUGCUUAUCAUGGGACGGUAUCAGCGCUCACCUAAACAGCCCUCAUGCCACUGGGUGAGAGGAGUUAUCAUUGUUCUUGGGCAGAAUAAUGUGAGGUGUUAUGCAGUGGCUGUCAGUGCCAUUUAAGAUGAGGGAAGACGAUUUAUUAUUACAGCAUAUUGGAUGACUGUCAUUCAUAUUCCAUUCACCCAGUUCGUGAUAGGUUUAGGCUACUACUACCGGAUACUCUUAACACAUUACACACACUCUUUGACACAUUAAAUACCGCCUUGCACACUCUUGCAUGCAUUCUAGCUGAUAUAGGGUGUAAUCAUUAGUCCAACAGUUGCAAACAAGAGUUUCUAUUGGACAAAUUCUGGUAUGUUUAUCGCCAUUUUGUUCUGUUUGCUUCUGUUUAAGAAACGUUUUUCAACAGAAUCGGCGGAAUGAAUACACCCCGAUCACGUGUAAACACAGUUCACUUUCAUAGCAGCCACGUUAUAUUCCUUCUCGCAUCUAUGCACUCUCCUCCUCUCACCUUUUCCCUUUGCUUGUGGAUUUCAAUGCUCAACACAUCAGCUGUAUGUGACCAGGCGAAAAAACCUUUCCAAGCCAAACCAUAUCAUAACCGCUACACACAGCCUACAUCGUUGUCCCCAUAUUAGCUAAAGUUGCAUCAUAGUCAACAUACAGUGCAUUCGGAAAGUAUUCAGACCCCUUCCCUUUUUCCACAUUUUGUUACAUUACAGCCUUAUUCUAAAAUGUAUUACAUUACUUUUCUUCCUCCUCAAUCUACACAAAAUACCCCAUAAUGACAAAGUAAAAACUGGUUUUUAGACAUUCCUGCUACUUUAUUACAAAUAAAAAACAGAUACCUUAUUUACAUAAUUAUUCAGACCCUUUGCAUGAAACUCGAAAUUGAGCUCAGGUGCAUCUUGUUUCCAUUGAUCAUCCUUGAAAUGUUUCUACAACUUGAUUGGAGUCCACCUGUGGUAAAUUCAAUGGAUUGGACAUGAUUUCGAAAUGCACACAUCUGUCUAUAUAAGGUCCCACAGUUGACAGUGCAUGUCAGAGCAAAAACCAAGCCAUGAGGUCGAAGGAAUUGUCCGUAGAGCUCCGAGACAGGAUUGUGUCGAGGCACAGAUCUGGGGAAGGGUAACAAAACAUUUCUGCAGCAUUGAAGGUCCCCGAGAACACAGUGGCCUCCAUCAUUCUUAAAUGUAAGAAGUUUGGAACCACCAAGACUCUUCCUAGAGCUGGCCACCUGGCCAAACUGAGCAAUCAGGGGAGAAGGGCCUUGGUCAGGGAGGUGACCAAGAACCCAAUGGUCACUCUGACAGAGCUCCAUAGUUCCUCUGUAGAGAUGGGAGAACCUUCCAGAAGGACAACCAUCUCUGCAGCACUCCACCAAUCAGGCCUUUAUGGUAGAGUGGCCAGACGGAAGCCACUCCUCAGUAAAAGGCACGACAGCCGCUUAGAGUUUGCCAAAAGGCGCCUAAAGGACUCCCAGACCAUGAGAAACAAGAUUCUCUGGUCUGAUGAAACCAAGAUUGAACUCUUUGGCCUGAAUGCCAAGCGUCACAUCUGGAGGAAACCUACGGUGAAGCAUGGUGGUGGCAGCAUCAUGCUGUGGGGAUGUUUUUCAGCGGCAGUGACUGGGAGCCUAGGGAGACUAGUCAGGAUCGAGGGAAAGAUGAACGGAGCAAAGUACAGAGAGAUCCCUGAUGAAAACCUGCUCCAGGGGGCUCAGGACCUCAGACUGGGGCGCAGGUUCACCUUCCAACAGGACAACGACCCUAAGCACACAGCCAAGACAACAAAUAUGAUUAUAUUUAGUAUGGAAUAAUACUGUGAAAUUGAUGAUAAUGCCCUUUUAAUAUAAGCUGUUUGAAAAGACCCCCUGAAAUUUCAGCCUGUUUUGGUGGGAGGGAGUUUUUGCCUUCCAUGGUGACAUCACCAUGCGGUAAUUUAGUUAUUAGACCAAACAACAACGAGAGUUCCAAACCUCUCUGCCAAUAACAGCUAAUUUUAUCAGUUUUCCCCUCCCCACUCAAACCACUCAGACAGUCCAAGCUAAAUUUUGCUUGAGAUAUUGCUCUUUGAUAAGAAGCUAUUUUUGAACAUUUUUAAUUGAAAACAAUCACAGUAAGGUACUUAAUUGUCAAUCAAUUAUUUGAUAUUGAGAUAAAAACGGCUGCAUUGGACCUUUUAAGGUAAGGUUAAAGGAAUACUUCAGGAUUUUGGCAAUGAGGCCCUUCCCCAGAGUCAGAUGAACUUGUAGAUACCAUUUUUAUGUCUCUGUGUUCAGUAAUAUGAAGGAAGUUAGAGAUAGCAUUGGCGAAACUAACUGACUUCCCAAGGAUUCCGUAUAGCACUAACCAAAAGAAAGACGUGAGACUUUAGCUCUGCUGGCUAGCCAAGUAUCAUAUCUGCUCAGUAAUAUUGCAAUUACAAUAUAUAAUUUUGCCAGGAAAAUGUGGCUAUAGAAAAUGUACUUGAAAAAAGAAGACGACAGAAAAAUAAGUGUUAAUUUGUCAAUCAUUUUCUACAUUUUGUCUUAAAUUGCCCUCAGUUUUUGAAUAACUAUUUUAGCUACUGGGUUUCCACAGUUUGACGGCAUACUGUACACAUACUGUGUACAAGAUUUCUGUCUCAGGGUAUACCAUUGUACAUGCGUUCAAGAUAAUUCACGCUGAAAAAACUACAUGUUGUGGGGGGAUUGCAUCUAACAAUUGGAUUUAAAUAUUUAUUUGGCAUUGCUCGGCAAUCCCCCCCCCUCCCCCCAUCUAUCGACCACGGAUAUAAAGUUCCAUCAGAAGGUACUGUAUUCACACCCAUUGACUGUUUCCACAUUUUGUUGGGUUACAAAGUGGGAUUCAAAUGGAUUUAAUUGUCAUUGUGUCAACGAUCUACACAAAAUACUCAUGUCAAAGUGGGAGAAAAAUUCAAACAUUUGUAAAAAAAAUUGAUGAAAAAUAAAACACAAAUAUAUCUUGAUUAGAUAAGUAUUCAACCCCCUGAGUGUUAGAAUCACCUUUGGCAGCGAUUACAAUUGUGAGUCUUUCUGGAUAAGUCUCUUAAGAGCUUUGCACACCUGUAUUGUACAAUAUUUGCACAUUAUUCUUUAAAAAAAUAUUCAAGCUCUGUCAAGUUGGUUGUUGAUCAUUGCUAGACAGCCAUUUUCAAGUCUUGCCAUAGAUUUUCAAACCGAUUUGUCAAAACUGUAACUAGGCCACUCAGGCACAUUCAAUGUCAUCUUGGUAACUAACUCCAGUGUAUAUUUGGCCUUGUGUUUUAGGUUAUUGUCCUGCUGAAAGGUGAAUUUGUUUCCCAGUGUCUGUUGGAAAGCAGACUGAACCAGGUUUUCCUCUAGGAUUUUGUGUUUAGCUCUUUUUCAUUUAUUUUUAUCCCCCCCAAAAUUCUAUAGUUGUCUGUGAUGUGAUUAGAACUCACAACCUUUGAGUUGCUAGACGUUCACGUUUUACGCCCACCCAUCCACCCCAACCAAACACCCUCUGUUCAUUUUUGCCUUAAGUAACCAUCUGUCUUAUGUAACCAUACCAAACGUAACAUAUCAUAUUAAAUGGAGUGUCUCGGAUUUACAUACAGAAUAAUAUGAAAUGCUUUGAGACCAGGUUGGUCAAUUAGGUUAGUAUUGUGGAGUAACUACAAUGUUGUUGAUCCAUCCUCAGUUUUCUUUUAUCACAGAAAUUAAACUCUGUAACUGUUUUAAAGUCACCAUUGGCCUCGUGAAAUCCCUGAGCGGUUUCCUUCCUCUCCGGCAGCUGAGUUGGGAAGGACGCCUGCAUCUUUGUAUCUUUUCCAGUGAUGACGACAUGGAUGUCUCAUGGUAGGGUGGGGUAUACAAAAUGGGUCAACUUUGAACACCUCUAUCUCCUGAAUGUUUUGGCAUUCAGGUCCAAAAAGUCACUUUCUGACCACUUCUUCCAUGGCUAAACAUGUAUGAAAAGUUUUGUUUAAAUCAAAAAGGGGCGCUGUCAAAAAGUGAUUGAAUUCACAUGGAUUUACCCAGUCAUUAGUUUCAGACUGUAUAUCAAGAAUUUGUAUGAAAGUCAAGGCAAGGUAGGUAAGUGAUAUGAAGUCUAUAAUACCUGGGCUAUUUACUGGGGCGCAUCAUGCGUGUUCAGUCCAAUAAUGAGUCAAAAAUGUACAAACAAAAGCCAUUCACGAGCUCGGCCAACUGUUGGAUUGCCACCAUACUUAGUUAGCCUUAGCCUAUAGCUGCUUUUCAAAUACAUUUUUAAUGUAACUUCACUUACAUCUGACACAAGACAAGAAAUAGGUUGAGCCCUAUUUCUUGUCUGUUUUCAGCGUUUACGUUUUCAUCCAAUUUAAUCCUUUCUCCUUUCCUCCAGACCUCCAGCAGCUCACUGUCUCUGAAGAGGAUGUUAACUCAGAGCAGCAGCACUGUGAGCAGGAGUGGAGCCCCGGUCUGGGGCCGGUGGAGUCUGAUGCCGAGGAGUCUAUGUGGAACUCUUUCAACAUCGUAACGGUAGAGAACCAAACAGAAUUGGAUGGCGAGAGCUACAGAGAAUCUGAUGGCGAGAGCAACAGAGAAUCAGAAUCAACCAGUGACUAUCAACCCCCCUCUGAAGUAAAUCCAGAAAGUGACAAUGGUGAAAGUAAUAGCGGAAAAGUGGAUGGAGUGGAGAGUAGAAUAUCACUGUCAGGGUUAAAGCCUCUUAAACCAAAGCGAGGAAGAGGACGGCCAAUGAAAGAAACCAGUGAGUUGUCAGAUCUGAAGUGUGAUAUGUGCGUGAAAUGCUUUGCGACAGCAAGUGGUCUGAAAAGGCAUCAGCAACUCCGGCACAGCGAAGAGAGACCAUACAUGUGCGAUACAUGUGGGCAAUGUUUCGCCUUGAACCGCUACCUGAUCAGGCACAUGAAGAUUCACACAGUGGAGAGACAACAUUGCUGCACAGAA